CGCUGUAUUGUCGGUAGCUGGCAUCCCUCCCCCUCCCCCAAUGGUCCCACUGGUGCCAAAAGCCGUGGCUGUGGAGGAUGACGGCCGAGCUGCACUCUUCGCCUCUAUCAACAAGGGAACAGAUAUCACAUCCGGGCUCAAGAAGGUGGACCGCAACGCACCUCGUCUUCCACCAGGGGUGUGGACGCCACAGACAGUUAGAGACGACCAGAAAACCCACAAAAACCCCAGUCUGCGUGAGGGACCAAAACCAUUUGUCAAGCAGACUGAGACCACCCCUGUCCGUGCACCCUCUCGCGAGUCCCCGGAACGCCCUCCCAAGUUUGCUCUGGAAGGGAAGAAGUGGUUCGUGGAAUACCAGAAAGACAAACCAAGUCUUGUGGUCGAUAGUGCUAAGAUGGACCAGUCUGUGUACAUCUUCAAGUGCCAGAACACAGUGGUUCAAGUUAAGGGUAAAGUUAAUUCAGUCAUAUUGGACUCCUGUAAGAAGUCUGCUGUAGUAUUUGAUAACCUGGUGUCUUCUGCAGAGGUUGUCAAUUGUCAGUCAUGCAAGGUCCAGGUGAUGGGUGUUAUGCCAACCAUCACGAUUGAGAAGACCGACGGUUGCCAUGUAUACCUGAGCAAAGAGUCUCUCAACACAGAGAUCAUUUCAGCCAAGUCCUCAGAAAUGAACAUCCUCAUCCCCAAAGAGGAUGGAGAGUUUGUAGAGUGUCCUGUUCCUGAGCAGUUCAAGACAGUGAUCAAGGGCCAUUCCCUGGUCACUACAUGUACCGAAAAGGCUGGUUAGAAUCAGUCAAACAAUGCUCACGUAGGGGAAGUAGAAAGUGAGAAGAGAGAGGAGAUAAUUUUGGAACCUGGCACAAUUAAUUUACACUUGAUUUAAAACAAAAUUGUAUACAUACACUAAGAAAACACAUUUUUAGGAUAUUUAUUGGUGCUUGAUGUGAAUAGUCAUCCCAGGAAGUGAUUUUUUAAAGGAUUUUGUGAAAAGUGGAUUCAAGAAAUGUCCAAAUUUUGUAGUGGAUUAUAGUUUGAUUUAUGUAGUUUUGAUUAAAGAAUUUUCCCUCAUGCCAUAGAGGUAAAAGGUUUUAGAAAUUGGCGAGUCCACAGUGAAAUUAAGGUUUAAUAAUGCAAGCACAAGAAUAAUGACUAGUAUCAGCUUUUUAUACAAUCAAUAUGAAGCCAGUGUUACAUUAACAUAAUUUAACUACAAACAACAUAUUUAAAGUAUUGGCACCAAAUUAUUUAGAUGUUAUGGCUUGAUUUAGUAAUUGCCAUAGUGUGCAAUGAGAUAGAAAAACACAGUCAAUGAAAUGAGAUUCCUUCAGUUAAAAUAUUAGAAAGGAUCAUGAAUUUGUUAAUAGUUCAUCUAAUUUGUGAUUCCAUUUCCCCCCACCAAGUCAACAGUUAGCUCUAGACUGUAUCAGUUAUUUAUCCAAAAACAACAACAACAUUAAAAUGGAAAGUUUGAAGCUUUUUUACUCAUAUGAAUGUAAGACACAAUGUUACUCAAGAGCACAAGUUAUUUAGAACCAGUCUGAUUCCUCCUCUAAAUAGCCAAAGAAUUGUUUGAAAAAAAUGCGUAUGGAUAAGGAAUGCAUGAGAAGAAAGAUAUUUAUAACCUUUGUAAAGAGAUGCUAACAAGAUCAACAGGAAUGAUGUAGCCAAAGUUUGCAUUGAAGUUAAUAUAAUCCAGGGUAAAAAAAAAGGAUAAUAAAUAAUAUAGAGGAACAAGAUCAGCGUACUGGUAAGGCAAGUCUGUUUCUUCCUUUAGAAAUAUUUCCCACAUUGUCACGGUUGCCACUUCUGGAAUUAGUUGGUCUCAUUCAUUAUCCCUAGAAGAAGAAGAAGAAAAAAAUCAUGGUAGGGAUACAUGUUGCUACUUUUAUAAGAAGAAAAGCGAUUUUUACACAAAUUUUGAAUGAGAUCUUUCAUUACUCUACUUGAUGCUGUAUGUAGUUUAGUCCCAUAAUUUAUUAUUAUUCCUCUAGUUUCUUUACCAACAGCUGGUGAAUUUGGAAAUGUAUUAGACAGUGGCAUAAUUAUCACACAGUAUGGGAAAAUCUAGCCUUUUUACUUUGCUUUAUUAUAAUUAUAAUUGUCUACUGCAAAUGUUGAUUAACUGUACUCUUCCAUUUUAUAUGCAUAUCAGUAAUGAUUUUGAUUUAACUAAUAAAAUGUACAAGUGGGUACCA